AUGCAGAAAAAGGAAGCUGUGGUGAUAAAGUUUUCCCUCGCCCGGAGCCAGCCCGUGGAUAAGCAGAGCGCGAACGAAGGCUGCGACUCGCAGCUGGCUCGGCAACCGGGACCAGUAGGUCGGUUCCCGGGAUUCUUUCGCAAACGUCACAACCCGGCACGGGAAGGGAGGGAGCACCAGGCCACAAUGCGGCCGUCCGGCAUGCACAGUCGAGCUGCUCCGCUGGAGGACGGAUGCGAGUCGGACGGCCGGACGACGACGGCAGAGCGGAAGUUUGGGGACGAUGACUACGAUCUGGCAGACAAAGCUUCCGAUGGAGUGUGGCGAAAACGAGCGACGUUGAAGGCCAGGCCAGGGGAGCGAGCGCAGGGUGCCAGAGAGUGGGAGGGGAAGGCAGGGAGAGGGAGAGGGAGAGGAGAGCGAGCGAGCGAGCGAGGGCAGGGGAGGGCAGGAGGGAGGGGUGGUGUUCGUCGUGAUGUGCAGGGAUUUUGUUUGUUCUCCUUUUUUCGAUGGUGUCCCCGAUAUGGUAGACUUGGAAUCAGCGUGUGCAAUUGUGUAGGUUUGAUGCCGGUGGCCUCGAAGACCGUGGAGCGAGCAGAGGGCAGCAGGUGA